CCCCGUCUGUGCUAUCUAGUCUAUGAAAGUACAAAGUAGGUCUCGAAAAUAUUUUUUGUGUUAGAAAAGUAUGUAAUCGACGAAACAUUUGCGUAUUUCUAAUAUUUAUGUGCAAUUAACACUUUCGGUGUUUCCGUAUCGAAAGGAUUUACUCCAAACAUAUUUCUUGGUGUACCGUCUUAAUUAAACACUUCAACACUUCAGUGAUCAUGUCUGCUGUGAAAACAUGUUGCAAUGCUGUAAACAACAUGCUCAAAUAGAUAUUUUACUAAAGCGCAGGUAUUUUCGACAGCAAAGCAAUUCCCUGAACAUUUCAGAAGUUAACGGUUCAAUUGAUAGAAUUUUGUGACUAAACAUAAAGAAUCAAUAAUGGGCCUGCUUAUUUCGAAAAUUUGGAAUCUGUUCGGAAACGAAGAACACAAGCUGGUUUUGGUGGGGCUAGAUAAUGCAGGAAAAACUACAAUAUUGUACCAGUUGCUGCUGGGCGAAGCUGUCCACACCCGCCCCACUAUUGGCUCCAAUGUCGAGGAGGUUGUUUGGAGGAAUCUUCGCUUCGUCAUGUGGGAUCUCGGUGGCCAACAGAGCCUAAGAUCUGCAUGGAAUACCUAUUACACCAACAGUGAAUUUGUGAUAAUGGUGAUAGACUCGACGGACCGACAGCGGCUCAGCAUCAGUCGCGAGGAGCUGCACCGCAUGCUGACGCACGAAGAGCUCAGCAGGGCAGGCCUGCUCGUGUUUGCGAACAAACAGGACGUGAAAGGCUCCAUGACGGCGGCCGAGAUAUCGGAACAGCUAGCCCUGACGUCCAUCAAGCAGCAUCCGUGGCACAUCCAGGCGUGCUGCGCUCUCACCGGCGAAGGAUUGCAUUUGGGCUUGGAGUGGAUCGCGAGUCGCAUCAAGAAGAAAUAACUCCUUAGUCCUUUACUUCUAAGAGUGGGUUUAUAGUAUAUAUUAUAUUAUAAGUAUAUUUUUCAUACACAAUUAUGAAAUAAAUAUUAUAAAUAGAUUGUACACUCGUAUCCAAAAUCAUUGAGUUAUCACAUUGUAAUUGUUUUGUUGUUGUAUUCUGUGCUCGCCAUUACUUCGCCUGUGCUGCCUUUGUGUAGUUACCAAGUGCCUAUUUACUUGGUAACUGAAAUAAAUAUUCACGCUGUGUUUCAUAAUAGUAGUACAAGUACCGGCACGAAUCUAUAGAGCUGUCUUUUAUUGCACAGAAGUAAAAAGUAAGGUAUCAUGGGGGCUAGAGGAAUGAAAGGUGGGCGUGCGUAGCGACUCUCCAGUCCGAGGAAUUAGCUUUGUAGUUGCAUCACACCAAUUCACCAGAAUAAUUGUCUGUCACUUUUUUAAAAAUGACGAGGUAAACUUACACAUCGAAUUUGAUAUUAAACACCAGUAAAUAUAUUUUGUGUCCUUAUAGUACAAACUACUACAAAUUCGAAUUGAUGUGCACACGUGUAAGUCUUAGACAGUCUAACAAACACAUUCCUCAGAUUUGUUACACAGAAUAUUUGAUUACUUACUUCAUCUAUGUUCACCAAAUUUACCACAGCCACAUUUAUUGUUAGAUUCUCGAUUCCAAUUAUUUCAUUAUUAAUAAUACAAAAGAUAUAAUAAUAAUAGAUAUAAUUUUUGAUGGCCUCCGAGGCGCAGCAAUAUGCUUGGUGGAUUUACAAUAUGGAGCUGGGGCGAUUGAGGUUUUCUUAAUUGGUCCAGGUCUGGCUGGUGGGAGGCUUCUGUCGUGGCUUGUUACCACCCUACCGGCUAAGUCGUACUGCCAAGCGAUUUAGCAUUCGGGUACGAUGACGUAUAGAAACCGAAAGGAGUGUGGAUUUUCGACCUCCUAACAAGUUAGCCCGCUUCUUAAAUAUCAUCACUUACCAUCAGGUGAGAUUGUAUUUAAGGGCUAACUUGUAAAGAAUAAUAAAAAAGAUAAAAAAUCCCAUUUUAAAACAAUUUUGUUUUCAUUCUUUUUGUAACCCAUUCAAAGGCUUCUAUAAAAUCUGUUUUAAAAAUCCAUGUCCGUCACUAAGUAAUUACCAAGCGGCCUGUGACUACGGUCAGUACUACAGGCGAGCACUUGAGCACAUCAGGCGAGCACUUGAGUACAUACUUUUGUUACCUUACUUGAAAAACUAAAUGAUUGUGUUUCCAUUUACGAGCUUCGUUAGGGAGAUGCUUCAUCGUGCGUUGCGUCUUUCAUAUAUUUUAUAUUUUAAAUGAAAUGCCACAUAAAGGUAUAUGUCACAUAUCUCAAGUCAUAGCUCAUUAGACCCACCCGGCCUCGUCGCUAGGCGUCCACUUGUCGUCGACACGUGGACCACGCGUUGCCAACUCGCGGUUCACGCGAGGCAAGCAUGUCAACUGCGAGCUAUCAUCGAGUGGUCCACUCGCAUCGUGCGUGGAUACCUCGCGAUCGAGGUGAUCCGUUAAUUGUACUGAGUUGAUUCCAUACGAAGAAUACUAACCACUGGAGGCGAGGUGGUGCGGGUCGGGUCCCGGGUGGGUCUAAUGAGCUACGAUCUUUAAAUCAUUGCUACGACGCAGUGUUACACUUGUCGAUCCAUUGUUGUGACUGACUGGGUCCGUGCGUCGAUACGUUGCGUCUACGCAACGCAACACACAAAUGACUCAUCUCCCAAAAAGCUCAGCGCAGAGUUUAACCCCUGUACAUUUUGUCAUAGCUGUAAGAAAACUUCUCGUGUUAAGUUGUUUACAAAUGUGAAAAUGUUAUUGUAUGGUUGCUGUAGAAAGCCUUCUGUUUUAGUUUGUGUAAGCGGACACCAGUGACUCCGUCCGUGUAAAAUUGCUUUUUUUUGAGAUCCGGUGUUGAUGAAACGGACCAAGAGCUCAUGUGAAUGUUGCCUGAAUUCGUUUUCACCUGUACUCAAAACGAAACUCGUUGGGUAGUUUAAUUUAGCGCGAACGGACAGUCAAAACAAUCUAAAGGCAUGUUUGUUUUUGUAGAUUCUUUUAUCACCUCAUAUAAUUUUUGUUGAAAGAAUAAACAUUUUUUACUUUGUUAGCAUAAUAGUGAAUCAAUGUCUGGGAUCCAAUCGGAUGAAGAUCCUGUGGAUUUACUACAGCAAUGUCUAUGGUUCCAUUAAUGUGUGUCAAUUUGGGAAUUUACAAUUUCUAAAAUUACACAGGUUCCAGUACCACAGAUUACACUACGAUUUAAAUAAUAUGCUUCGGCAUAAUUAUAUUUGAAUACAUUUUUUUAUUCCGUCAUGUAUAACUUAAAUAAUGAUUAUAAUAAAACAAAUGAACUAUUGAUACUUUGAUUUGUAUAGCAAACAGAGUUUAAAUAUUAAAAGAUAUGCACAUUAAGAUUGCAGAGCGUUUUAUUAGAAUCCGUCUGUCCGUCCGUGCUGCCAGUGUAGAAGAGAGGCUCAUCUCUCACUUUUGUAACAUACUCUUAAUAAAUAAAAUAUCUUUAAAUAUU